AUGACCGAUUCUGAUGCUGAGAUCCCUGCUGAUUUUGCGAACCAGUUGGAACAGUGUACAGUAGUCCGUGGUCGCUUUAGAAAGCAGAUUGGCUGGCUGCAGUGGCCGGUAUCUGCUGAAAAUGUUUUGGGUGAUGAGGAAAAUGGGGAAGUUGAACAGCACCCCGUUUGCACCAAGAGUUUGGAAAUGAAUGUAGAUGCUGUGCGGGCGAUGGUGGAACACUAUCAUGGAGACUUUGUGGAUAUCAGCACCCUGUCCGCUGAGGACCCGCGCGUGAGAGACCUGUUUCAGUUGAUCCAACAGACUCGAGAUGAUUGGGCUUUCGCGGAUGGUGAUGCAGAGAGCCCCUGUCCCAUCAAUCUUAAGGGGGAGGUCCAUGGUGAUUCAGACUACUAUGAAGAUGAUGAACAGGAAAAACGUGUCAAAGAAGAUCCACCCAAACCCAAACACAAGAUGGAGAGGAAAAAUGCCAACGCAUCCCUCGAAAGGAGCCGCUCUGACUUGUCCGAGGCAACUCUGAGCCCACCCAAUGCUCUCUUGAAAGGUAUGGGCUUCAAUGUGCACAUGACUCCAGAGCAAGAAGCCGAGUUGCAUGAGAUUCUCAUGGCUAUCAAUCAGCUGGAUCCAGACCCAGACAAUAAGUCUUAUCCUGAGAGUGCUGCUUGUCCUGCCUUGCCACCAGCUGAAGAUCCUUCCAAGGCAAAAGUUGCAAUCUUUUGCAGCAAUUUGGACACGCAACCGCUGGAGAGCCCGCCCAGCCCUUUGGAGACCGAACGUCCAGAGACCACAGCUUUGACUGAGACCGAUGCAGCCAAUCAGGUGGAACGGCCGAAGGUGACCCCCACGAUGCAGCAUGCAAAAAGGAGCAGCAAACGUGCCACUAUGAGGAAAGGUCGUAAGGCAAAGAAAGGUGGUAAGGCAAAGAAAGGUGGCAAGGCAAAGAAAGGUGAGGCAAAGACUGGCAAAGAAAAGAAUGGCAAACAUGCAAAGAAAUCAAAGAAUGCAGAUGCCAUGGCUGACAAACCAACAGAAGGCCGACGCCGCAGCAGCAAGUCGGGAAAAUCCAAAGAAACCAAGACAAAGAGCAAGACUGAGAGAAAGCCAAAGGAUGCAAAAGACCCGACCAAUAGGAAAACACCUACAAAGACUGUCGAACCCAGUGGCCACAGCAAGGUCUAUCAGGACCGCAUUGACUUGGGCGAGGGGAAGUGGCGGUAUGAGGUUCUCGAAAACCAAGUCUUCGGAUGCAGCAAUUGCCGUUUCAUUUUCAAUGGGUGCAAGGUGUGCCGCAACCCGAAUUUCAGGGGCCGUUCAGCAGGUGAUGUGAGGCUUGAGCAAGGGCACUCAUUUAAUGAGUCCACUGCGGAGGACCUUCCUGUUCCAAAUGAUGUCCCACCCUUCCUUUCCAAAACAAAACGCAAGAAGACGGACAAGAAGACCACGGACAACAGUCCAGCAUCGAAGUCGAAAAAGUGA